AUGGCGGAAGCGGACGGUGUGGAGUUGCCGGUUCUGCCUGACUCGGUGCUACUACAAGUCCUGGCGCUGCUGCCGCUGCGGGACCGGCUGCGGGCGGCCAGGGUUUGCCGGCGAUGGCAACGGCUGGCGCUGGACCGGAUGGUCUGGAGACAUGUGGAUCUGAGCCCGCACCGGAUCAGCUCCCGGACCCUGUGGCACCUAGUGCGGCGGCGGCUCUGCGACAGCCUGCGGACGCUGCGGGUGCGGGGCACACUCCGCUCCGGCGGCAAGCAGCGGCUCCUCUCCCCGGCGCUGCUGACCGCCCUCGGGAAGCGGUGUCCCCACCUCUGCCGGCUGUCCCUGGCAGAGACGGACCUCCGCCCCGUCCCUUACGACACCAUCCCUCCUUCCCUCACGGCGCUGGAGCUGACCCGCUGCGAAAUCCCCGCCGCCUGGUUCUGCGGCUCCGCCGCGAGGGCCCUGCCCCAGCUGCAGCACCUCGUCGUCCGCAACGUCCCUGCCUUUUCCGAUCGCCAUUUGCUGAACGUCUCCUCCCAGAGCCACCUGAAGACGCUGAGCCUUUCUGGCACCUACCGCGUAACGGAUACGGGGAUUCAGAGAGCGGCUCCGCGCCUGGAAGAGCUGGAACGCCUGGCGCUGCGCCACUGCGUCAUCGGCGACUCCGCCGUGGGCUUCAUCGGGCGCCACAUGAAACGCCUCCGGUUCCUGGAGAUCGGCGACGCUUACUCCCUGACGAACGCGGGUCUGGCUUGUUUAGCAACCCUGCGGCGCCUGGAGACGCUGUGCCUCGAUCUCUGCGAUACCAUUUCCCCCGGUGCCGUUAUUGCUUUGUGCCGAGCGCUGCCCCAGCUGAGGAACCUCAAGUUAGGCGGGGCUCGCUUGGAAAAUGAAGUGAUCGAUAAAAUUCAGGCGAGUUUGCCCCACUGUAGCUUUUCACAUGCUCCUUGACACGCAGCCUGAAGCAGCAGGGCUUUGGCCGUUCGUUACUGCGCCUGAAGUGCUGCUUUUUGGGUGAAGCCUGUUUGCCGGGGAGCUGCUGUGCGUAUUUUUGGGACAGAAUUUCCGUUGGGGCUAAAACGGCAAGGGUGUCGUGGAAAAUGGUUUGUCAGGAACUUGUUCUUGGUAGGAUUCCUUCCCCCCACCCCCCUUUUUCCGUGGAUGGGGGGAACAGGAAAGCCGGGGAGCACCCAGCUUUUGGGAACCCCACUGAUGAGCUGACCAAAGACUGGCUGAGCUUCUGAGUUUAACCUCUCUCUGCUCCUCUUCCCCCACCGCUAGACAUCAGGCAGCAGCUUAAUGAGCGCAGAAUUGAAGGAGCGAAGUGAGGCGCCCUCCUGCCGCUGACAAAAAAAGAUCUGGCAGCCCAGACCUCGGGCUUCCAGUUAAUAUCUAACUCCGAUUGCUUAACCGCCCUGCACGUACGCUCCAAACUCUGCCAGGGAAGAAAUACCUCAGCGAGACGUGCCAGAGCUGCUGUUUUCUUGGAAGAGCUCAGGCGAGCUACCCAGACAGCGAGCGUUUUCAGUCCAGGAUGUCGUCUUCCUUCUACUUUCCUUCAAAUUCAGUUCUUCAAGUUACUCCUCAGCAAGGUUUUGGUCGCGGGGCUUCCGGAACGCCUGGUCCCCGGAGCCACGCGUCUCAUUUGCGCAGCGAACGGGCUGGCACGUGCUCUCGGGCAUCGCCGGGGGCUGCCCUUAACCUCUGGGUUCUGCUGGGAGCAGCCACGUUUCCUCAUCACCUUUUAUUGUCCUCCCCGCAAUGUCGUAACACCGGAUAACUGACCCUGAGCGGUGUGGCGUUCCUAUUCUUGGGUCGUUGAGUCGGCCGAGGAUGUUUUUAAAUCAAAUGCCGUCUUUAUUAAAUAAAAAUGCUUUUGAUUUCUGUUUUC